AUGGCUUCCCGUCCCUCCAACAUCGGCAUCAAGGCCAUCGAGCUCUACUUCCCUAGCCAGUGCGUCGACCAGGCCGAGCUCGAGAAGUUCGAUGGCGUCUCCCAGGGAAAAUACACAAUCGGUCUCGGCCAGACCAAGAUGUCCUUCUGCGACGACCGCGAGGACAUGUAUUCGCUCGCCCUGACCACCGUCUCCUCGCUGUUCAAGAAGUACAAUAUCGACCCCAAGAACAUUGGCCGCCUCGAGGUCGGCACCGAGACACUGCUCGACAAGUCCAAAUCCGUGAAGUCGGUCCUCAUGCAGCUGUUUGAGGAAUCGGGCAACUUCAACGUCGAGGGUGUGGAUACCGUGAACGCGUGCUACGGCGGCACCAACGCUCUGUUCAACAGCGUCAACUGGAUAGAAUCUUCCGGGUGGGAUGGCCGUGACGCCGUUGUGGUGGCUGGCGACAUUGCGUUGUACAAGAAGGGUAAUGCGCGUCCUACGGGCGGAGCGGGAUGUGUGGCUAUGCUCAUCGGCCCUGACGCCCCCGUCGUGAUGGAGCCGGGCCUACGCGGCAGCUACAUCACCCACGCAUACGAUUUCUACAAGCCCGACUUGACCAGCGAGUACCCUGUCGUCGACGGACACUUCUCUAUUCGGUGCUAUACCGAGGCCGUCGAUGCAUGCUACAAGGCCUACAAUGCCCGUGAGCAGACGUUGAAGAGCCAGGCCAAUGGUUCCAAUGGCGUCAACGGCCACUCCCAAGAGCAGGAGACGCCGCUAGACCGCUUCGACUACAUGUGCUUCCACGCACCCACCUGCAAGCUCGUGUCCAAGUCGUAUGCGCGCCUUCUCUAUAACGAUUUCCUCGUGAACCCGUCGAACCCGAUUUUCGCUGAGGUGCCCGCUGAGCUCCGUGACCUUGACUACGCCACCUCCGUUACAGAUAAGGCAGUUGAGAAGACAUUCAUGGGUCUUGCCAAGAAGCGAUUCAAUGCCCGCGUCCAGCCCAGUAUUGAAGUCCCUACCAUGUGCGGCAACAUGUACUGUGGCAGUGUUUACGGCAGUCUGUGCUCGCUCCUUUCCAAUCUCGAUGGUGAGAAUUCCACCGGCAAGCGCAUUGCCUUGUUCAGCUACGGUAGCGGUCUUGCUUCCUCUAUGUUCUCCUUCAAGAUCAGUGGUAGCAUCACCGAGCUCCAGAAGAAGCUUGACGUCAAGAACCGCCUCGAGAACCGCCGUGUCGUUGCUCCUGAGGUCUACGAUGAGAUGUGCAACCUCCGUGAGCGUGCUCACUUGAAGAAGGACUACAAGCCGGAGGGCAAGGUCAAUGACCUCUUCCCCGGCACCUACUACCUCACCGAAAUUGACGGCAUGUUCCGACGAAAGUAUGAGAUCAAGCAGUAG